AUGACCGACCGCUCGUUCAAGCUCAACACCGGCGCCGAGAUACCCGCGCUGGGUCUGGGCACCUGGCAAUCGAAACCCGGCGAGGUCGCCUCGGCCGUCGAGUACGCCGUCACCCACGGCUACCGCCUCGUCGACGGGGCCUACUGCUACGGCAACGAGGACGAGGUCGGCCAGGGCCUCCGGGCCGCGUUUGCCAAGGGCGUCAAGCGCGAGGACGUCUUUGUCGUGUCCAAGGUCUGGGCCACCUACACGUCGCGCGUCGAGCUGGGCCUGGACAAGACGCUCAAGAGCCUGGGCCUCGACUACGUCGACCUGUACCUCGUGCACUGGCCGCUUCUCAUGAACCCCGAGGGCUCCGACGACCGGUUCCCCAAGCUGCCCAACGGCGAGCGCGACAUCAUCCGCGACUACAGCCACAUCCAGAUCUGGAAGAACAUGGAGACGCUCGUCGGCACCGGCAAGACCAAGGCCAUUGGUGUUUCCAACUACAGCAAAAAGUACCUCGAGGAACUGCUCCCCGUCGCCACGGUCGUCCCCGCCGUCAACCAGAUCGAGAACCACCCGGCCCUCCCCCAGCAGGAGAUUGUCGACCUCUGCCGCGCGCGCGGCAUCCACGUCAUGGCCUACAGCCCCUUUGGCAGCACGGGCGGCCCGCUGUUCACGGCCGCGCCCAUUGCCGCCAUCGCCGCCAAGCACAGCGUCCCGCCCGCCGCCGUCCUGCUGAGCUACCACCUGGCGCGCGGCAGCACCGUGCUGGCCAAGUCGGUCAGCGACGCGCGCAUCGAGGCCAACAAGACGGUCGUCGACCUGGACGCCGAGGACGUGGCGGCGCUCGACGCGUACUCGGCCCAGCUGACCAAGGACGGCCAGCUGCAGCGGUUUGUGUACCCGCCGUUUGGCAUUCCCUUUGGCUUCCCGGACAAGCCGUAG